AUGUGUGCCAUCAACACUCAUUUAGUGUAUAAAGCAAGCAAGAGUGAGGAAAAUGGGGUGUUAGCUCAUGCUUUACACAUUCUAAAAGAGGAAAAGAGUUUGAACUAUACCGAAGAAGGAACGAAGAAGAAGAAAUGGAACAAGAACAUAUUUCCAAUGUCAAUCCAACCCCCUCGUUUCCACCACCACCACCGCGAAGAAUACAGUCUUUGGAUGAUUUACAACUACUCUCACUGUCACCUUCUCAACCGUGUGAGGAGUUUGCUAAUUAUUUCUGAAGUACUUUACACUCCUCAAGUUAAAAACGAAGUGAUACCAAAACUUACACAACAAUUUAAAAGCUUAGAUGAUGCUAAGAAGUUUUACAACAAUUACGCAUUUGAAGCUGGUUUUAGUAUGCGAAUCCAUUCUAGUAAGACGGAUAAGAAUGGUGAAACCAUUAGGAAAGAGAAUGUUUGUUACAAAGAAGGGGAGAGUAAAAGUUCAGAGGCCACUCAACGACAGCGGGGUUUAACUAGAGAGAAAUGUGGUGCAAAACUAACAGUCGUAAAAAAUCGGUCAGGUGAAGGAUUUGUUGUCACCCAAUUUGUGGAGGGGCAUAGCCACCCUCUUACGACACCAAAAAAGGUGCAUUUCUUGAGAUCUCAUCGUCGAGUGUCAAUUGCACAAAAAGCAUUAACGCAACAACUAGCAGCUGCAAAUGUGUCAACCAGCCAACAAAUGAGUAUUUUAGAGUUGCAAGCCGGGAGUCUUGAAAAUGUUGGAUGUUUACGACGAGAUAUUUAUAAUUCUCAAAGGGAUACGAGGAAAUAUUUAGAUGGACAUGACGCCAACAUGUUGAAAGAGCAUUUUGAGACUGAAAAAGAAAAGAAUCUAGGUUUUACGUAUACAAUCGAGGAAGAUAAUGAGCACAGGAUGACUCAUUGUUUUUGGGCCGAUGCUACCUCUAGGAAGUCAUACCAAUAUUUUGGGGACGUGGUGGUGUUCGAUACAACAUACAACACAAACAAAUAUUCCUUGAUCUUUUCACCUCUAUUAGGGGUUAACCAUCACGGGCAGACAACGCUUUUUGGGUAUGCUUUCUUAAGCAACGAAAAAAGUGAAUCCUUUGAGUGA